CCACCUCUUGAGCUCUUCUCUCCUCGCAUAGUUCGAGAAAGGAAAGGAAAACAAAAGGAAAGCACCGAGACCUUCGAAUCCGCUACAGCCACUGCCACGACCACGGCCUCGAUCGGCACUGCCCCGGCCUGCGCCGGUUAUAUAAGUACCCCCUCUGCGCAUCUAUUGAUUUCAGCAUUUCCUCUGACCGGAAGAAGAUCCCGGAAGCAACCAAAUCAGAAGCAGAAGCUAGCUAGCUAGUAGUGAUAUUUUGCAUUCGUUCAUCGAUCUUUCUCAAACCCACAUAUAUAGCUGAAGCAAAUCCGAUCCACACUUGGGGGGAGUAGUGUAGCUACGAUCGAUAUAUAUCUAUAGGUACUGAUCGAGAUCGACGACGAUCAUGGAGGCGCUGAGCGGGCGGGUAGGCGUCAAGUGCGGGCGGUGGAACCCUACGGCGGAGCAGGUGAAGGUCCUGACGGAGCUCUUCCGCGCGGGGCUGCGCACGCCCAGCACGGAGCAGAUCCAGCGCAUCUCCACCCACCUCAGCGCCUUCGGCAAGGUGGAGAGCAAGAACGUCUUCUACUGGUUCCAGAACCACAAGGCCCGCGAGCGCCACCACCACAAGAAGCGCCGCCGCGGCGCGUCCUCCCCCGACAGUGGCAGCGGCAGCGGCAGCGGCAGCAACGAGGAAGACGGCGGCCGUGCUGCUGCCGCCUCGCACGACGCCGAGGCCGACGUCGACCUCGUGCUGCAGCCGCCAGAGAGCAAGCGGGAGGCCAGAAGCUACGCCCACCAUCAUCACCGGCUGGCCGUGACAUGCUACGUCAGGGACGUGGUGGAGCAGCAGGAGGCGACGUGGGAGCGGCCGACGAGGGAGGUGGAGACGCUGGAGCUCUUCCCUCUCAAGUCGUACGUGGACCUGGAGGCGGCGGAGAAGGUCCGGUAUGUCAGGGGCAGCGCCGCCAGCGAGCAGUGCAGGGAGUUCUCCUUCUUCGACGUCUCCGGCGGCCGGGAUCCGCCACUUGAGCUCAGGCUCUGCAGCUUCGGUCCCUACUAAAUCGACCAUCGGCGCAAUAUGCAUGCACGUACCAACUGUGUGGCCUUGUCGCACGCAUCAUUGUGUAGUCCUUGGUUCUAGUAGCUAAUACCGACAUGAAAAGAUGUGUCAGAUGAAAUACGGCAUAAGCUGAUGUACGUACGCGCUACCAACGACGUUGCAUGAAGAAUCUGAGAGGAUCAGGGAAAGAGCAUGCAGCUGAGAUUUCAGCUGCCUUUUCGUUGAUCUUUUCAUCAUGAGAGAGUACUGCAUGCGUGCCACUUCUUUCGUUCAUUUCUGGUGCUACCUUCAUGGCAUACUAAAAUUAAUUAACCUUGUGCUCACUACUGAUGACAUAUCUAAAUUCCAUAGUCAUUUUCAAAUUUACCUAUAUAUGGUAAUUAUAUACCUAUAUAUGGUAAUUCCUGUAAUGUAGUCAGUUUCGACCGGUC